AUGGCUCGCGCGGCGUGCGUCUCCCUCUCUGGCGGCGGCGGAGGCGCGUCGCUGAGGCGCGUCUUCUUCCUGCAGCCGCUCGUGCUGGACGGCGGCCUGAGCGAGGUGCGGGUGGGUGUGAUCGAGGAUCGGUUCGAGGUGACCUACGAGGGAGGCGGCGACACGUCGACGGCUCACUGCGCCGGCGACGCGUCGGCCGCGUCGGGCCCGCUCCUUGGCCUCUCGCUCGCCGCGGCUCGCGCCUCGUGCGGCGAGGCGGUCGACGCCGCCUCGCUGUACUCGCUGCUCCGCUCGGUCGGCCUCGAGUACGGCCCUCGGUACCGCACGCCCGAGCUGGCGGCCGUCUCGCGCGCCGCAGGCGCCGCCGUCGGCCGGCUGUGCCGCCGCUCGCGCAAGGAGGGCACUCGCGUCCACCCGGCCGACCUCGACGGCUCGCUGCACCUGUCCUCGCUGCUCGCCGAGGCUGGGGCGGGCGAGACGCGGCUGCCCUUCUCUGCGUCGCUCGACGCGUCAGCGCAGCGCGUGCGGCAUUUAUACGUCACCUCGUGGGAGAGGAGCGCGACGCCUGUCACCGCCACGGCGUCGCUCCUCGUCCUGGGCUCGAGGCGAGGAGAGAGAGGCUUCGAUGAGGCAUCACCGAGCCCGGCCGGCAGCACCGAUCGCUUCGGCGGCCUCUCCUUCGCAGCAUCGGCUGCGGUGGGCCGGGCAGCCUCGUUGCCACUGACUACUCUCGAAGCAGCCUUGUCCCUGCUGCGCGUGCGGCCGGCUUCAACAGCCCCGCCCCGCCUCGUCCUGCUGACCGCCGGCGCGCACGCUCACGGAGCCAGCGCCGCGCCCGGCUCCCACCACGCCGGCUCGCUCGGCCUCGCCCGCACGGCGCGAGCAGAGGGCGCCGCAGACCUGCACCAGCUCGACCUGUCGACGGCGAGUGCAGCGCACGCCGUCGCCGUCGCCAGCGCUCUACCGCUCGACGAGCCCGACCUCCUCCUUCGCAAGGGGCUGCUUCUCGCGCCUCGCCUACAGCCCUGCACCCAGCCGCCCUCCGCCGAGACCGACGCGCCCACCCUCGGCUCGCACCUCCUCACCGGCGGGCUGGGCGGGCUGGGCCUAGUCACAGCCAGGUGGCUCGCAGAGAGCGGCGCCCGUCGGCUCAUCCUCGCGUCUCGCAACGGCGCCGUCGCCCCUGGCGGAGUGGCUGACCGGCUGCCGCCGCGUUGCACCGUCCUCGCCGCUGCGUGCGACGCCGCCCAGCCAUCCAGUGUGGCGCGGCUUCU